GCAAAGCCACAUUUUAAAUAAAGACCCACCAAAUAUCAAUCAAUCCCCAUCUCUCUUCACAUGCCCAUUUGAACCGUAUCUCCUCUCAUUUCUUCUUUUGUUUUGUUGGAGUUAGAUAAAAUCAAAGGUCUAAUAAAAGUGUCAAAACCCUUAUCGCUAUUACCUCCACUACCAUCUUAAAUCUCUCCUUAUAACUCACACUUCUCUGCCUUCUUCUCUCAAAGUCUAACUUCUCAAAUAAGAAAAUGGUUCAUGUGUCAUCAUCUCAUGGAGCAAAAGAUGGCUCAGAAGAAGCUUUCGAUUACCGAGGAAAUCCACCGGAUAAGUCUAAAACCGGUGGAUGGUUAGGCGCCGGUUUAAUCUUAGGGAGUGAGCUAUCAGAGAGAAUAUGCGUGAUGGGCAUAUCAAUGAAUCUAGUGACUUACCUUGUCGGAGAUUUACACAUCUCAUCAGCUAAAUCAGCAACCAUAGUCACCAACUUCAUGGGAACUCUUAACCUCUUAGGACUUCUUGGUGGUUUCUUGGCUGACGCUAAACUCGGUCGCUACAAGAUGGUUGCAAUCUCAGCUUCUGUUACAGCUCUGGGAGUGUUACUUUUGACGGUGGCUACAACCAUCUCGAGUAUGAGACCACCACCAUGUGAUGAUUUCAGGAGACUUCACCAUGAGUGCAUAGAAGCAAACGGACACCAGUUGGCUCUUCUCUAUGUUGCUCUCUAUACCAUAGCUCUAGGUGGAGGAGGAAUCAAAUCCAACGUCUCUGGUUUCGGGUCUGACCAGUUCGAUACUAAUGAUCCUAAAGAAGAGAAACAGAUGAUUUUCUUCUUCAACAGAUUCUAUUUCUCCAUCAGCGUUGGCUCUCUUUUCGCCGUUAUUGCUCUUGUUUACGUUCAGGACAACGUCGGGAGAGGCUGGGGUUACGGGAUCUCGGCCGCGACUAUGGUGGUUGCAGCCGUUGUUUUGCUCUGCGGAACCAAACGGUACCGUUUCAAGAAACCUAAAGGAAGCCCUUUUACAACAAUAUGGAGGGUUGCUUUCUUGGCUUGGAAGAAAAGAAAGGAGAGUUACCCUGCGCAUCCGAGUCUUUUGAACGGUUAUGACAACACCACGGUUCCACACACAGAGAGGCUUAAGUGUUUAGACAAAGCCGCGAUUCUAAAGAACGAGAGUUCUCCUAGUUCGAAGGACUUAGAAGAGAAGGAUCCGUGGAUCGUUUCGACUGUUACACAAGUCGAAGAAGUGAAACUCGUGAUGAAAUUGGUGCCGAUUUGGGCAACAAACAUUCUUUUCUGGACGAUUUACUCUCAAAUGACGACUUUCACGGUAGAACAAGCGACGUUUAUGGACCGAAAAAUCGGAUCUUUCACUGUUCCUGCAGGCUCCUACUCUGCCUUCCUCAUACUCACAAUUCUCCUCUUCACUUCCCUUAACGAGAGAGUCUUUGUUCCUAUAACAAGAAGGCUCACAAAAAAGCCUCAAGGAAUCACCAGCCUCCAGAGAAUCGGAGUAGGGCUUGUAUUCUCAAUGGCUGCAAUGGCUGUAGCCGCGGUUAUAGAGAACGCUAGACGCGAGUCAGCGGUUAACAACGGUACGAAAAUAAGCGCGUUUUGGUUGGUUCCACAAUAUUUCUUAGUCGGUGCGGGUGAGGCCUUUGCUUACGUUGGACAGCUUGAGUUCUUCAUAAGAGAAGCACCAGAGAGAAUGAAAUCGAUGAGCACCGGAUUGUUUCUAAGCACGAUUUCUAUGGGAUUCUUCGUGAGUAGCUUGCUCGUUUCACUUGUGGAUAGGGUUACAGACAAAAGCUGGCUUAGAAGUAACCUUAACAAAGCGAGAUUGAACUACUUCUACUGGUUACUUGUUGUCUUGGGAGCAUUGAACUUCUUGAUUUUUCUUGUGUUUGCCAUGAAACAUCAGUAUAAAGCUGAUGUGAUUAGUGUUGUGAUUGAUGAUGAUGAUUUAGUGGAGAAGGAGGUCAAGAAGAAAGAGAGCUCUGAAUUUGAGCUUAAGGACAUUCCUUGAAACCAGAUUUUGAAGAAGAAAAAAGAGCUCUGCUUUGUGGUUGCUUUGAAGAUUUCUUGUUUUUGUAUUUAGUAUAUUGUGUGUACGAAAUAGAAAAAUUACUAUAUGGUUUGGAUUGUAUUUUUUUUUUUUUUUUUUUGUAAGAUUUAAAAACAUUUACAUA